AAAUCGUCAAUCACUACUCUACACAACACCGCAGCAUCAGCAUCUGCUGGGAAUCCAGAUAAAUGACCCCUCUACGCCUUCAUAAAUAAUGGUGUAAAUAUGUAACAAUAACGAUAAUAUAUUUAAUCGAAGGACACAUACAGCACAAAGCUGCUGUAUAGUAGUACCAUGGGUGGCCAUGAUGAUGAUGAUGUAUCUUAUCAUGUAGCCAACAACCAACAUCAAGAUGAAGUGCUGAAAAACAAAUUGAAUGACAGCGGCCUUUGGAGUGACCAAGAAUCCACUGCCGGAAACAAUGCAAAAUGGGUCAAGGAGGGCAAAAACCAACUGAGGAAAGUAGCUGAGAAACACCAGGACCAGAAUGGGAACCAGGAGGAUUUCUCCCCUCAUAACACCACCGAGGAGGAGCAGCAGAGGAACAAGGAGCAGACCAAACCUCCCAAGACCGCCAAGACUCUGGGCCUGAAGGAAGAAGAGUCCAAGACCAUCCUCAAGGAGCCACUACUCAUCCACACUCUACUGUCUGCAGAGGAUAAAGAGGGUGAGGGCGAAGAAGAGGACAAAGAGAAGGAAGAUCCAUCUGAGGCAGAUGACGAGGCCUGCAGUCUUACAGAGGAAGAGAGGGAGUCCGAGCAGAGUAAUGCGGAGGCUGAAAGAGAGGGAGGUGGGGUGGCUAGAAAUCCCUGUCUGCUGUUCUCUAACGUGAAUGGAACACCAAGUGAUGAAGAAACCAACUGGCCAGCACUGUCUCAGGACAUCACUGUUGAAAGCCCUCCAACUGGAAACAAAGAGUCCUUCUGGGACUCGGAAGCCUUUGAGGCGGACACAGACCUGCCCUCUGGGUGGAUGCGGGUUCGAGACACCUCAGGCACCUACUACUGGCACAUCCCUACUGGCACUACUCAAUGGGAGCCCCCCUCCCCUCUGGACAAGGUGGGAGACUCCAUGAUGUCCUCCAGUAUGUCCCUGGAGACAACACCCUGUGAGGAAGAGCCAGAGGAAACAUGGGGAAACCUCUCUAACCCAGAUGAAGGGACUAGUGAUGGAGAGCUGUGGAAGGAGGGAGAGGUGGCAUCUGAUCAGAGCCUGAAGGAGUUUGAAGGGGCAACCCUGCGCUAUGCGUCCAUCAACCUGAACUGUUCCCAAUCUGAGGAAGAGGAGAAACUUGAUCCCCAUGGCACUGACCUGGAGGCUAAGUAUUUUGCUGUGCGUUCUCUGGGCUGGGUGGACAUGUCUGAAGCGGACAUGGCAGCGGGGAAGAGCAGCGUGGCUGUCAACAACUGCAUCAGACAGCUGUCCUACCACAAACACAACCUCCAUGACACUGCUGGCAUCUGGGGAGAGGGUAAGGACAUGCUGAUGGUCCUGGAGAAUGACACUAUGAAUCUGAUCGACCCACUGGGACAGACUCUGCUGCACUCCCAGCCCAUCGCCAGCAUCCGCGUGUGGGGCGUGGGCCGAGACAAUGGCAGGGAAAGAGACUUUGCUUAUGUAGCGCGAGACAACCUGACCCAGGUCCUCAAGUGUCAUGUGUUCCGCUGUGACUCACCUGCCAAGAACAUCGCCACCAGUCUGCAUGAGAUGUGCUCCAGGAUAAUGACAGAGAGGAAGCUAUCCAAGCCAUUUCUUAGCAGGUACAAUUAUGACCAGUGCAAACCCAUGGAGAUUCCUGCUCAAGAGUUUCCGGUUCCAAAAAAUGAAAAUUUCCAACAUUUUCUUGUGUAUUACCUUGGUAACGUACCUGUGGCCAAGCCUCUAGGUAAGGGACGCAUGGGUGUGGACACAGUCAAUGAUGCUUUGGAGGCUGCAAUGAACAGCACAAGGAAGCAGGAUUGGACCCCCGUCUCUGUCAACGUGGCCCCUGCCACUCUCACCAUCCUCACCAGAGAGACUGAGGACGUGUUGUCAGAGUGCCGGGUGCGGUUCCUGUCCUUCAUGGGCGUGGGGAAGGACGUCCACACCUUUGCCUUCAUCAUGGCCGAGGGCCCCGGGGACUUCAUCUGUCACAUGUUCUGGUGUGAGCCCAAUGCUGCCAGCCUGAGUGAGGCGGUGCAGGCCGCCUGCAUGCUGCGCUACCAGAAGUGUCUGGACGCGAGACCUCCCAGCCUGGGCUCCUGUCUGCCCACUCCCCCUGCUGACUCCGUGGCCCGCCGGGUCAGGAUGGGGGUCCAGAGUCUGCUGGGAAGCUUCAAGCAGUACAGGUCAGGAUCCCAGUCCCUCUGAGUAGAAGAGAGAAGAUCUACUCCUCACCAACACUAACCCAUACCAGCAGCUCCAGCUCACUCCUCCACUCCUCCACUCUUCCCUCUUUCUCCCUUUCUUUCGGCCUUACACUCGUUUCUGGCCUUCCUUAGAGAUAGUCCACUUGUCCUGUCAUUAGUGCAUGGCAUUAUAUGUAACUGAGGAAAUGCUUACUUACUAGUGAUUGCAAAGUGUGUUUUUCUAUACAGCUGCUGUAUAACUUUCCGUUUGCUUUGUACUCAAACUGAAUGAGCCCUGACAACAGCCUAUUGUUUGUUCUGUUGCUGGGAUUUAAUCUGUUUGUUCUGUUGCUGGGAUUUAAUCUGUUUGUUCUGUUGCUGGGAUUUAAUCUGUUUGUCACUAUUUUUGUGUUUUAGCAGAAACCAUGUCUGCCAGGAAGUGUUCGUAUGAUGGGAUGUAACUACAGGUUUCUUCACAGUAGGAAGUUAGGGCAUAUUUAGGAAGAUUCCCCACAGUGCAAUGAUGGUUUCGUCAUGGGGCUAUGCUCCUCCCCAAACAGGAACAACACCUAUGUUUUAUACUGGUGUCUAAAGAAGGUCAUGCAAUCACUGUCGAGAAGCUAGUAUAGUAGAGUCUCAUGAUGUUUGUUUUCUACCAUGUCAUUACCCUGUACACUCCUCAGCCUCUCUCCUCCUGUCCAACGGAGGUGUUUUACACUAGCCAUCAAAGAGCCCAAGGACAGUGUCACCUAGAGAGCUUUAUGUUCCCCACUGCAACCAGUGGGUUUUAGUCUUCCAUUAAAGAAGUGUAUAAUCAUGUGUCACGUCGUAGUGAACAACCAGUGAUUUCGGAGUGUACUGUAGUUGCGUUUCCCAUACAUUUGCAUGAACGUUUGCAAGUUCAGUGCUUGUGUGCAAUAAUCAGACGUUCCUGUAUGUGGUGGUGGUAGAAUGGCUUGCCAGGCUUCCAUAUGUUUAUAUAGCAGCACACACUGUACUGUGGUUUCUUUCAUGUAGGGGCCUGGCUAUAGCUGACUAGGGCUUGGCCAACAAAAAGAGGCGAUGGUGAAAAUAGACUUCUGGUCAUGGAAAAGUAACCUAGAAAAUACAACAUCUCAAGGCGUAGGUUUUCCAUCUGAGUCAGUCAACUGCAGCUGGUUCCCACCACCACUAAAUAGUACUGUAGGACCUCACCACACCACACACUGCAUGUUUUAAUAGCUUAGAGGAAAAACAAGGGUAAUAUCUUCCUGCGGCGGUUUAGUGCUGAACUCUUAGUUAUUGUAACAUACUAGAUGUGUGCUACUGUAUGGUAAAGGGGGGGCUGUAUUCUGUACCUGUUGUUUAGUGUUUGUAAAGCAUGUCACUAGCCUGUAUCCGUGUCUAUCAAUAUAUAAGCUAGCUAGUAGUAGAUUAGUUGUCCCUGUCAGAUCCUUUCCACUGAGUAGCUGAGAGCAGGUCAGUAUCUGUCUCCCUUAGUCACUGCCCUGGGACAGGGAUAACAUUGAGAGGAUGACACCAAUGGUUUACAUUUAUGAUUUUAUAGAUUUUCUUUUUUUUGUAUGUUUUUUUUCUUUAUUUAUUUUUUCUUCCACUUUUUGCUCUGCUAUGGGCCCUGGACACUAAGUAAUGUAUGUUCUAUUGUUUGCAUACGCUACUGAGGAGCAGUUGCACAUUUGCUCAUUACUGAUUGAUUAUUGAUUGAUUGAUUGUAUUAGAGAACACAAGUCAGAUAAUAGUUGUGUUUUUUAUGUUUGAAAAACAAAUGAAAUGUGUUUGUCAGAAGUAUUUAGUGCAAUAGUUAUUUGACCUAUAACAAAAUGAAACAUGUAAAAUAUAGAAACACUAUCUGAAAUUAGACUGGAUUGUUUAAUACUAUACAGUAACUCCUGUUCACUUUUCAUUGUGCUCCUUUGUCUAAUUCUGUUAUGUUAGUACUUCCAAGGUCAACAUUAAAAACAAGAUGAAUAUUGGAACACUAGCUGAUACAUUUAUUUCACAAUUUAUGUAAUUUAGGUGUAUACAAUGUAUCUGUAUAUAAAAGUCCCUGCACAAUAAAUAAAUGUGAACAUA